AUGCUUCCAGAUAACAUCGCCAACAGCUACCGAGAGUAUAAAGCUGAUACCGAGAUCUUUGUUACGUGGCUUGUUGAAACGGCUAGUCGUUGUGGCUUCGUCCCUUCUACCACUGCGCCAGCGCAAGCUACUGCUGCAGCUACUGGUGGUCGACUCAAGGGAAAGCGCGCGCGGCUGAACCCCAAGUCAGCGGAGAAACCCCCCAAAAGGUUUGCGGUGCCACUCUACGCCAGCAGAGCCGCAGCUCGAGCAAUCCGCCAUCGCACCAAGUCGACGCUAUGGCACGAAACCCAGACUCAAAACGUAGAUGAAGACCUACAGCACGCAUUCGCUGCUAGCAACGAGGCACAUGCUACCUUCACAGGGACUUUAGAGUACGCACUUGAUCUACUGAAGCCUUUCAUCACUACUGGUAAAGCGAUACUCAAGCCCGAUGAGCAUAUAACGCCACCAUCCGUGAAUGGUUUGAACACCAGGUUCAGCUCGCUUGAAAUUGAGGAUCUGGCAGACCAGGAGCCGGAAAGUGGUGGACAGGCAGCCGCCACUGCCAAACCGGCACCAACUUCGAAGACGACAUACACUGUCGACAACCAAAAGGACGACUGUUUGAUUGCCAUGAGCAUGCUGAUGCGCGAUUAUAAUCAGAUCAAGGUCGUCAUCCAAACAACCUGGGCUCGUUAUUACCGGAAGGACACCGACCUUGUUUCGACUGCGGCAACGACUCAAGCGGCUAUGCAGAUGAUAAAGAGCUUAGUGCAUGAGUUUUCGCUUUCCUUCCCCGAGAUAAGAAACGUUGAGAGCUUUUGGCAUACGUUCUUCGCUGAUUCUGAGAUCUGCAAGACUAUGAGGAGAGAUACGGACGAGAUCCGAGCGAUGCAACACACACUUAGAGGGAAUGAAAGGCGCUGUGAAGUCAAGAUCCCGGAUGUCUUGCUGACCUAUGGAUGUCUGCAAUCUUACAUUCACAUCUGGGAUGUAUUGCAACACAUCGAGCCCUAUGUCGAUUCAGGGGAUGUUGCCUAUCUUACCUCCCCUGACCGUAAAUUACAACAGCUCUCAAACGCCCUCGAUGAUAUCGUAUGGAUGAUAAGACGGGUGGAUAAACAACUGCCUACUAUGGAUAACUUUACACUGGCAUGGUAUACAUACCUAAAUCGACGCAUCUGCGAGGACCUUAAGCCUACGGACCAGACCCGCUAUGGAGGAAGCAUUUCCCUAGAGAUGUGGCUGUAUACCGAUCUCUACCUAGUCGCACAGGAUGUUGUCUCAAGUCAGAACCCUGGCCUAGUGCUGGAAGAUUAUCAGAACAUAUGGACGUACGUUGACAGGGGCGGGUUUUUACAGGACGUGUUGACGACAUCACUGCUUUUGGAGAGUCCAUGGGGACGUGCAAACCUAAACUCCUUCUUUCGCGACCCUUCCGAUGCGAUGGAACGGCUGAUCUGGUUGAGUUCAGACCCAAUCUGGAACUCUCGCUUAGCGAGUGUCCGGCAAACCCAUGGUCACGACGAGACCUGGUCGCCGGAAACAUAUGAAAACCGCAACCACUCCGAUUGGGUCACCAUGAAUCCGUUCCUUGCUGGAACGAUCUCGUUUGUGGUCAUGCAUGCUGCUAAUAACCUACUCCUUCUUAUGCAGAACGGCAAUGGACUUGUACUGGGAUAUGCGCACCUUUACAACUUCCUUCAUAACGUCCAUAGCGCAAAUGAGGCAGAUUCGUCGGAGAAGUUAGUUACGAAAGAGUGGAAAGAUAUCGACAAUGCAAUUGCACUGCUUGGAGAGUCCAUUAUCUUCAUGGGCAGUAGACCGACAGCACUCGACCAGUGUACCAAUCGCCUGGUUCGCGCGCAUGGAAUAAAGGUGAGUGAUAUUGCGCGUACCAAUAGCCGUGGCAAGAAGAAGCAAAUUGUUAGUGUGGGUGGUAAAAUGAGCGUCCACAGCACUCCACUCAUCAACCUCCUCAUUUCGGAUGGCGGACCUAGCAACACAACAUUCCUCAAUAUUACAAAUCGAGCCAUCUCGGAGCUGCUCAUGAAGGAGACCGAGACCUACAAUAGCGACAUACUUCCUCAGAAGCUUUUCAGUAGGCCUGAGGUAGCUGGGCCUCUUUUCAUGCUCCGUGUGCUUCUCCAGCGCGAGUUGCCAGCGCUUCUUUUCUCGCUUGAACAACUACAUCUCAGUUGUAAAGAGCUUAACGGUUGGAUAUUUGAGGCCUUGAGAUCCGCAAUGACGCAGCAACACAUCCGGCCCAAAAUAAUGCUAGACUGGAAAGAGGACGGAGCCAUACCAGCGAACCUCCUGUGGCACGAAAGAACACAUCACAAAAAGAAUCAGAGUUCUGGAUUGAUCAACCAAGACGUGACUGGAGUGCACAGUCUUCCUAUUCACGAAGCAGCGGAGAUAAUGACGAGGUUUCUAGACGAGCAAGAUGGUCGCACAGGACAUAGCCUUGCUGAGCAUUCCACCUUGGCUUUCAACCAUCACGUAGAGUAA